AUGUGUUAGAAAAAAUGUUCACAAUUAACUUAAACAUUUUCAUAACAAGAUUUUAAAAUUAAAUAAACCUAAUUUGAAUAAGAUUAAUUAUUAUCAAGUGAAAGUAAAAGAGACUUUAUCAAAGGUGACAUAAAUGAGAGCAUUAUUCUUAAAGCUAUCAAUCAAGAAAUAGAAUCUCCACAACAAGAACAUAAAUGUAUUGGAAAUAAUAAAGAUUGUAUGAAUUAAAGAAUUAUUGUAAAAAAACAACCAAAUAAUUUACCAACAACGUUUAUAUCAGAUUCAAUAUAAAAUUUGGAACCAUUAAAACUUGAGAAAAACCCUAGUACAAAGUAUUCAGAAAUAGUUUCAAUAAUGAAUAAUCUACCCUUUGGUAUAUUGUUUGUAGAUUAAUCCUUGCAAGUUUUAGAUUUCAACUAAAGAGUAACCUAAUUACUUGGUCUAUCUAAUCCUAAUGAUAUAAUUUCUUUCUUAGAUUAGGCUAUAUAGAGGUAUUACAAAUUGAUUAUAAAAGCGGAGAUUUUUGUGAAUUUCGAUCAUCAAAAAAAGUAAGAAAACCUUAAAAAUCACCCAGUAAAAGAACAUUCCUAAAAUAACCUUCAAUUAGUCCAUAAAAGAAAUACUUAGAUGAACAUAUUCCUGAUGUAUUGUCAUAAUAUAACAAUAAUACAUCAUAAUUUAAAGGAGACAGUGAAGGUAAUAUAGGAAAAAAUUUGAAAUCUGUUUUUUAGAAUUUUAAAAAAAUUCAUUAAAGUUAAAUGACAUCAUUGUCUCGAGACAAUUUUUAAUACAUAAUAAGAAUGGAUAAUAUGAAUAAGUCUAGUGGUAAAAUCAAAUAUAAGAGUUUGAAGUUAAAAAUAUUUUAAUUAGAAGGUUUUGUAUAAUGGGAAUCAGUGGUUUAUUUAUUCUUUUUAGAGAAUAUCACAAAAAGAGAAGAAUAUAAAUUGUUAAAUCAUAAAUAUAAAUUCUAAUAGGCUUUGCUUAAUUCUUUAUGUCAUGAGUUAAGAACUCCAAUUAAUGGAACAGUAUCUUAAUUAUAUGCUUUAAAGAAUUAAUUAUCUUAGAGUUUGAUUGAAUCUCAUUUAGAUCCAGCAAUAGUAUCAGCAAAGAGAUUACAAUUUCAAUUGAAUGAUAUUCUAGAUUAUGCUUAAAUAUAAUGUUCAUCAUUAACUUUAAAUAAAUCUUGUUUUAAAUUGUAGGAUGUCUAUUAAUAACUAUAUGAACUAUUUAAUUUUGAAUGUGUCUAAAAAAACAUAAAAUUGAUUAUUGAAUAUGCAAAUCAUAUCUCAAUCUAUACAGAUAAGGAAAGAUUAACUAGAAUAUUCAUUAAUUUAUUAGAUAAUUCAGUUAAAUUUACUAAUUAGGGAGGGACUAUUAAAAUAUCUACAUAGACAAAUCCUCAUUAUUAUAAGUUAUAAAUAGAAGAUGAUGGAUUAGGAAUUUCAGAAGAGAUAAUAUAAAAAAUUGAGGAGUAGGCAGAAUUAUUAUUUUAAGAUUCUAUACAAUAUAAUUCUAAUAAAUUAGGUCUAGGUUUAAGAAUUUCAUAAUAAUUGGCAAAAUAUCUUUAUAAGGAUUAAUUUUUUGAGAUAGAUUCUGUCUAUGAAUAGUAUACAAGAGUAAGUUUUAGAGUAUCAAAUUAAAUCCAGAAUUGUUCAAAAGAAUUUGAAAUUGAUAAACAAUAAAUCACUUAAAUUUUCUAAUGUGAUUGUAGCAAAAUAUUAAUUGUUGAUGAUAUAGGUUGCAAUCAUUUUGCUUUAUAAGUAUUACUUAAGAAAUUCAAUUUAAAAACUGAUAGUGCUUAUAAUGGAAAUUCAGCGAUUGAUAUGGUUAAAUUAAAAUUAUAGAAAUAAUGUUGCAGAACUUAUAGAUUAAUAUUUAUGGAUAUAGAAAUGCCUGGAAAAAAUGGGUUUUAAGCUUCUUAAGAUGUAAGUAAUUUUUAUAUGUAGAUAAAUUAAUUAUUGAAGGAACAUCAGUUAAAUGAAAGUUGUAUAAUUACAAUGUAUUCAGCUUAUUCAGGUGAUGAAGAUGUGCUUAUAGCAAAUCAAUGUGGUAUGAAAGAGCGUAUCUCUAAACCAACUGAUAUCCAUAAAUUAGAAUAUCUUGUUAAAAAAUACAUACUUUGA